AUGCCGUCGCCAGACGCGGCGGCGAGGCACACGGGCGCCGGCGUGGCGCGUCGGCAGGCCCACCACGAGCGGAUGCGCGACGAGCGCUCGGGAAGCGGCCGCGGGCAACGCGGAGCUUCCGCCGGAGGACGACGCGGAAGGAGACGAAGGCGAACGCGGCGGAAGCGCAAGCGCGAGGAUGUCAGGGCGGCGCUCAACGGCCACACUGUCCUGCCCACCAGAUCGCGCCUCGAGAUCUUCUGCGACACCGAGCGGUGGUACCCCGCGACCGUCAUGGGGCGGGAGGAGGACGUGGACGGACGGAUCGCGCACCAGGUCGAGUACGACGGCUACCCGGAUCGGCGGUGGUGGCACAUGCUGGACGACGAGCGGUGGCGAGCCGUCCUACGCGCCACCUCCCGCGAGCGCGGCGGGGUCGGAAUUGCGGCCGGAUACCUGCAAAAACCCAGGUAUAUAGACGAGGUAUACCCGGGUAAUACCCGCACUUUUGCAUGGCUUCGCCUCCUGGGACCACACCCACAGCCGCUACACUAA